GUUUGAGAGCACUGUGCAGGUUGGCAAACUGCAGGACCUUAUCAACCGAAGUAAGAUGGCGAGGUGUAGAGGACGAUUUGUUUGCCCAGUCAUUCUGUACAAGGGAAAGCAUAUUUGCAGAUCAGCAACGCUGGCCGGCUGGGGAGAGCUCUAUGGGCGCACUGGCUACAACUAUAUCUUCUCAGGAGGUUCUGAUGAUGCAUGGGCAGAUGCAGAAGACAUUUCAGAGGAAGAUUCUGCACUUAGAAAUGCAGACUCCCAGCUGUUUGACAAGGUUAGAGGGCACGACAUCAAGCUGCUUCGAUACCUGUCUGUCCGAUAUAUCUGUGACCUGAUGGUGGAAAACAAGAAGGUGAAGUUUGGCUUGAAUGUGACGUCUUCUGAGAAAGUGGACAAAGCUCAACGUUAUGCUGAUUUCACGCUUCUCUCCAUCCCAUAUCCAG